GGACAGAUCCUAUUUUGGAGGAUGUAGGUGAAGCCUUUAAGCUCAUGGGGGUCAACCUGCAUGAACUAGAAGAUUACAUACUCAAUAUUGAGCCAGUCACUUUUGCACAUCAAAUCCCUUCAUUUCCCAUCAGCAAGAAUAACGUCUUACAGUUUCCCCAGCCUGGAAGCAAAGAUGCGGAAGACAGGAAAGAGUAUAUUCCUGAUUAUUUGCCACCCAUUGUCUCCUCUCAAGAAGAGGAAGAGGAAGAACAGGUACCUACUGAAGGAGGAACCUCAGCAGAAGCCAUGCAGGUUCCUUUGGAGGAGGAAGGAGAGAUGGAAGAGGAUGAGGCUGUUAAUGAUGAAAAUUACUUAAGCAAGAGACCACUGGCAAGCCCAGAACUGGAGGAAAUGCCUGCUGUGAAGCGGCCGAAAAUUGCUAGUAUUAAAGGAGAGGCAAUAGAGGGGAUGGCAGAGCUACGUGAGCCUCUUAGUUCAAUAAAUGCCCAGAAAGUGCCACCAAUGCUUUCUCCCGUGUGUGUUCAGGACAGUGCUGAACUGGUUCCCCCCUCUCCUGAACCACCCAUACUGGCUCCCAUUGCAAAAUCACAGUUGCCAGUUUCUAAACCAUUGGAACCAAGACCAUUUACCCCUAAAACAAAAGUGAAAACAAGCUCUCCAGGGCAGAAAUCUAAAACACCAAAAACACCCAAAGUCUCCCUUUCUCCGGCAGUUAUUGGAAGUCCCAUUCACUCACCAAAAACUGGAACCAAAGAGAAAAAAUCACCAGGCCGGGCCAAGAGCCCCAGAAGCCCUAAAAGUCCAAAAGUUCCAGCUCAUGUUCCUCAAGUACCAAUUAAGCAGGAGGCACCCAGUAGAACCCCCUUAGCAGCAUUAAGUGAAAAGAUGGGCAAAGAGAAUAUCCAAGUAAAACAAGGGCCACCCCCUGUUGACCCCGGGAAACCCAACGAGAAUCCAGCAAAGAAAGUAGCAGUGGCUGAUAAGACAAUCGAUGAUUCCAUUGACGCUGUAAUUGCCCGUGCAUGUGCUGAGAGGGACCCUGAUCCAUUUGAGUUUUCUUCAGGGACAGAAUCAGAGGGGGAUAUUUUUACCAGUCCUAAAAGACUUUCGGUUUCAGAGACUCCAGUACUGAAAACGUCUGUGUCGGCCACCGGUAGCACAAAUAAAAUGGGAAACACCCCACUUCCUCCUUCUGGUGGAACGUCAAGUUCUGACAUUUCAUGGACAAUGGAUGACUCAAUAGAUGAGGUCAUUCGAAAAGCAAACAUGGGUACUCCUGCCAACUUACCUGCAAGCUACCCUUAUUUCUCUUCUCCUUCUGCUUCUCCACCAACUCCGGAGCCUUUGCUCAAAGUUUACGAGGAGAAAACUAAGCUGGCCUCCUCCGUUGAAGUGAAAAAGAAGCUGAAAAAAGAACUGAAGACAAAAAUGAAAAAGAAAGAGAAACAAAAGGACAAGGAAAAGAACAGAGAGAAGAACAAAGAGAAAAGCAAAGACAGGGAAGGAGGUAAAGACAUGAAAUUUCCGUGGAAGGACCUGAUCCGAGACGAUGACUUGGAUCCCUACAGGUUCAAAAUGAAAGACUUCGACGAGGAUCCCAAAGUGAAGGUAAAAGACGGCAGUACCAAAAAAGACCGCGAGAAGCAUAAAGAUAAGAAGAAGGAUAAAGAGAAAGGGAAGAAAGAUAAAGAGAAGAAAGACAAAGAGAAGGUUAAGGAGAAGAAAGAAAAGAUGAAGGCUGCUUCUCUUCUCCUGCCUCCCAAAGACCUGCCUUUGCCUUUGUUCAGUACCCCGGCUGCCAUGAAAUUACCAUCCCUGCUGACGCCUCUCUCCUCGGUGCUCCCGGAUAAACUCUUUGAAGAGAAAGAGAAGCCCAAAGAGAAGAAGAAAGACAAAAAGGAGAAGAAGAAGAAGAAAGAGAGGGAGAAGGAGAAAGAGAAAGAGAAGAAGGAAAAGGAAAAAGAAAAGAAGGAAAAGGAGAAGAAAGAGAAGGAGAAAGAGAAACACAAACACGAAAAAAUCAAAGUGGAGCCUGUUGUUCCUGCGCCGUCUCCUGUAAUUCCUAGGUUGACUCUGAAGGUGGGAGCUGGUCAGGAUAAAAUUGUCAUCAGCAAGGUGGUGUCAACACCAGAGGCUAAACCAUGUGCUCUCCUAGCUCGGCCCAAAACACCACCCCCUCCGCCAGCUCCAGCACCAGCUCCAGUCCAUGUAACCCCUCCUCCUCCUCCUCCAGUGCUUCCUCCUUUGCCUGUAAUCACGGUUUCUCCGCCACCGUCUCCUGCGAUAUCAGCUCUGGGAGGCUCCAAAGCUCCAGUCCGAAGUGUGGUAACUGAGACUGUCAGCAAUUAUGUGAUCCGAGACGAAUGGGGGAACAAAAUCUGGAUUUGCCCCGGCUGUGAGAAACCAGAUGACGGCAGUCCCAUGAUUGGUUGUGAUGAUUGUGAUGAUUGGUAUCACUGGCCUUGUGUCGGGAUUAAGGCUGCUCCCCCAGAAGAAACGCAGUGGUUCUGCUCCAGGUGUGCCAACAAAAAGAAAGACAAAAAACACAAGAAGUGGAAACACAAAGCACACUGAAGUCCUUCUGUGGUGGUGUUGGUGGGGGAUGCGGAGAACUGUCGCUUCAGCCCUCCUGCCUGCAGACUUUUUCAUGGAGGGGGUUCAGGCAGGCUUCUGCUGCCUCCUCCACGGCCAUCAGGUUUCAAAGUUUGACUCUUGGGAGAAUCAGGAACAUGUGAGUCCGCUCUGGGCUGGCCCAUCAGACAGGUGUGGGCCUCCAUCAACAAUAUCCUGCAACAAGCUCUCCGGCUGCAAAGCAGUGUAAAACCACAAAAUUCUGUAUCUAAAGGAGGUGGCUGCUGCCUCCUUCAGAAGCACCAGUGACACUUGUAAAUAUUCCUGCCUUUUGCCCUGGCUGUUUUCUCCCUUUUGCUCUGAGAAAUGGGAGAGACUACUCGAGGGAUUUCCACAGCUUUCAGACUCUUCCCUUGCAUAGCCAGAUAAUCAUAAGGACACCGGGUGGGGCGAAGAACUGGUAAUAUUUUUUUUUGUUUAAUGCGAGGAUAUUGAAACAUUUCUUCAUGCACUCUUUUUCCCCUUGAUUUUGAAGGCCUAACGUAAAUAAACACACUUUAGUUUUUUUGUGAAA